AUGGCCACCGCCGCGGUCCUCAUCCUGCUCGCAUCGCUCCUCCCGGCGCUAGCCCCCGGAACCGAUAGCAGCUCGUCCGCCUCUGACUACGGCUUGGCCCUCAAGCCUAGUCACAAGUGCGGCGUCGUCCUGCCCGUCGCCGUGGGCACCUACGACAUGGGCACGUACGCUCCGGGCAGCGCGUACGAGGCCACCCUGCGCCAUCUCGUCGCCACCAUUCCCGCCAUGGCGAAUGCGGAAUCCAGCGGCUCCUCUUAUUACAGGGAGUCCUGCCGCGACGGUGCCGGCGCGUGCGGGCGCUCAUACGUCGACGACGCCGGCGAGAGCCCCAAUCGGAUUGUGGCCUCCGGCUACUGCUCAUGGCACCGGGACGUCAAGUCGCCGGACUGCGGCGCUUGCAUCGCGCUGGCCUUCGAGGAGGCGCAGAGGCUGUGCCCGUUCCAGAGGAUGGCUGAGGCCGCGGUUGACGGCGGCGCGUGCAACUGCAGCGCACACUUCCACGACUACGACAUCAUGGAGCAGUUCCAGCACGGCGACCCCAGUAGUGAUCCUCGGUGGAACACACCGGAGCAGGUCGUGGGCGUUGUUGUGGAAAAAGAGGAGAACAUCACGAGAAUGAGAUGGGCAUGCCGAACCUUGGAGACAACAAUCAUGGAGAUCUUAGCUAACCUUGGGUGGAUGUCUAACAAAAGAAUUUGUGCCUAG